AAAAACCGCGCAAAUUAGGCGAGUCAGGAUUCAGGAGCUGUUACAAAGGCUUCUAUUCCUCCUACUGUAGUCUACAUUCUGUGACAAAUGUAAAUAUAUGUUGCAAAUUACGUCACAUUAAGUGAUGUUAUCUACGUAAAAACUACAGCACUAUAGGUCAGUUAUAGUAGAAGCACCAACGCUGCCUUGCAUUGCACUGGAUUAGGAUUGGGAGUAAUAUGUCCUUGUUGACUCUGGAUAAUCUUCCAGAAUGUGUAAUACUAGAAAUACUGAAGAGAUGCAAAGGAGAGGACUUGGCUGCGGUCAGCUUGACAUGCACCACUUUGUAUUCUGUUACCUCCAUAGAUUCUUUAUGGAAGCAUAUUUGCCAAAGAGAGCUUCGUCAGGAAGUGGUUGACCUUGGCAGUGUAAAAUCCUACCGAAUGCUUUAUGCAAACUUGCUUCACAAGUACAAAUCAAUGUUGGGCGUGUACCAGAUUGAGUGGGACCAUUAUGGAAGCCUGCUUGAAAUAAAGUAUGAAUCUGGCAGCAUCAAAGGAAUAAGCGUGGAGGGAACAGUUGAGGAAGGAAAGAUAUUUGAUGAUUUGAGAGAGGAAGUCCUUUUCACCAUAAAAGGAGAAACUUACCCACCGGAGCUGAUUUGCCUCCCAGAUAUUGACCCCCAUUCUCUCACAAUCAGCUUUGAUCAGGCAACUGGCACGCUAGAGUCUCGAUGCAAGAACUCUUUACGUCACUUAAAAGCUUUUUUGUUCAGGCUUGAGCAAGAACCAAAUAUUAGAGGUGUAGAUGGAGAAGAGUUCUCCUUCCAGAGACUAAGAGGCUUUAAGAAGCUGAGAUACCUCAAGGAACAGUUGGAAAAUGAUAAGCCCAUGAUCUCAGUGCCCCUGAUAUUACCGCGUGCAGAUGACGUGCCAAUCAGUUUAAGAAAAAGUGAUGGAAGCCUUCCAAGUCAGAUUAUCACUCCUGGGCUUUUCAAGGGUGAUUAUUCAGCACAUGGAGUUGAGCUCAUCCUUUUCAAGUAUAUCAGUGAAAAUGAAUUGCAUGGAUUCAAGGUAACUGGGGACCCCAAUGUUUCAGCAGGCAAGAUAUCCCUGAAGUGCUUUUUAGAUUAUCCAGUCAAUCCAACACUGGAAGAACAAAAAUCAAUGGAGGCAUUGCAGAAUAUGCCAAAAGUGAAAAGAACAGGUCCCGUCCAUGAACUCCCAAAGCAGAGAUUUAGAAUUCCAGGUCAAGUCUAUGGUGCCCAAGAAUCAUCUGCUGUUCAUGCGCUUGACCACUGUUUUGCAAGGUACCACGGGGAAUGCCAAGUUGCUUAUGAUAAUUAUCAGCACCCUAGCUUUAUUCAAGCUCAUUUCGUAGUUUUUAAUGACAACCUUAUAGGGGAAGUGCUUUUUGAUCUAGAGUGUGUGUCAUUAUUUUCCAGAGUAGAAAGGUCAUUUCAACCAAGGCUUUGUCAAAAUGUUAAAAGUGUAUUCUGAGAUUAGGCUCUAUAUUUCAAAAUCAAAUUUGUCACAAAUCAUCAUAAUUGUGAUUUUAAGUAUGUAUUCAGAUAUAAUCUAGCUUUGUCUAAAUGAUUUUUCUUUUUCUUCCAAACCUACGUUAAAAAUGUAUACGUAAUUUUUCUUUAAUGGUCUGUAAAUUUAUAUCUGUUAGGAGUUGUAACUAUUUAAUUUUAUUGUUAUAUUCUCUGUCUUCUCAAGCACAAGGAUAAUAUUUUGUGAUAGCUAAGCUAACCUAAUCAAAAACCUUUGGGAUGAUUUUUGAGGAUAUGUGCACAUUAUUAUUUAUAAAUAUCGUCAAAGUAACUACUCUUUAUAAAGGUUAGCAACUGGAUAUUGCAUUAUUCAUAUUUUCAUAUAGCCUUUGCCUUGUGUAUUGAUGAUUUAGAUAUCUGUGAUAACCAAGGCAGAACUUACGUUUCUGUUACAGCCUUUUACAAGAAUUGAAAAUAAAGCAGUGUUAGUACCAUUGUAGAAAAUGAAUAUUAAAUAUUAGCCAACACAACACAGAAUAGAAGCUUAACAGUCUAGAUGAAGGUUCAGUUACCAUUCACUUACUACUUCUAAGGUUUUGGCCAUGAAAAAAUGGAGGUGUUUCUUUACACACAGAAUAUAAUCUUGAGACUACAGCAGACUAUGAAUACACUCGCAAUCUUUCCAAUUUGUUACAUUAGUCAAGUCAUAUUGCACAGCAUUUUGUGAAGUGAGAUGUGCUAUAUUGAGUUGCUUGGUAAAUGUUUUGAAAGAAGCAUGAUUAAAAGGAAAAUAAUGGGUCACUAUUAGUAAAUGUAACUAGUGAAAAAUUUAUCUGAUGAUGAUUAAGCUCAGAGUGUUUGGCGAAUAAGUGUGGAUAUGUUAAUCUAUUGUGGAAGAAAAUAUAAGUGACUUGUAGUUGGGGACGUUAAAUAGUCCAAGUCACAGAGACAAAAGUAGGGGGAUGAAGAAGUUGGAAACCAAGUCAUCUGGAAUGAGGUGGCUGAAGUAUUACAUGGACAUAAAUGUGUAAAGGGUGGAUGUGAUGCCUACAAUGAUGUGCUGUUUAUGAGAAGUUAGAAUGCUAGUUGAGGAUUGUCUAAGUCAUGAAAAUUCUUAAAAUAGCAUUUGACAGAGGUAAAUGUGAAAAGUGAUGAAGAUUAUUUGUGAGGAUGCAAUUUUAUUAGAAUUAUUCUACGUUUUUAUGAUGGAUGACGUUUUUAUAUGCAUUUAUUUAUUGGAAACUAGGAUAUAGAUAUAUUAUGUGAAUUAACUAGACUGGAGAGUCAUCAACCACAUGAAGGAGUCUCAACCUCUCUUCUUGUGCUUUUUAUGGAGGAUCUUAUUGUCUCAAAACUAUUUAAAGUGAUUGUACAGUGUUAUGAAGUAUAUAAAUUAUAUGCACAC